AGCAGAAAUUGACAAUAAAAAUGACAUAAUGUACUUCACAUGAAAGAUAACACAUAACAGAUACAUGACACGCUGCUUUUGUCAUUCAAUUUCAAAAGUGAUUUGCAUGAUGGUUUAUCAGUUUUAACUAUUUACUGUCUUCAUUUUAGAUAUGAUUGGAAUAAACACAGACCAUCUAAGUGAACUGAGUGAGAUGGAUGAAAAACAUCAGAAUGUAAAAAGAAAACGUAAUGUUUCACAGAAAGGAUCUCUGUACAAAAAGAUUUUUAGAAAAGAUGGACACCCUGCUGAUCACAAGAGGACUCACGGCGAGGAGAAAAUAUUCAGAUGUCAACACUGUGAAAAGAGUUUUGGAACAAAAGGUAACCUCAAAGUACAUGUGAGGAUUCACACCGGAGAGAAACCGUUCACAUGUAAACAGUGUGAAAAAAGUUUUACCACGGUUGGUAACCUUAAUGAACACAUGAAAACUCACACGGGAGAGAAACCGUUCACAUGCAAACUGUGUGGAAAGAGUUUCACAAGUAAGCAUAACCUUAAGAUGCACACAAGUGUUCACACUGGAGAGAAACCAUUCACAUGUCAUCUGUGUAAAAAGAAUUUCAAACGUAAAGGUCACCUUACAGUACACAUGCGAAUUCACACAGGAGAGAAACCAUUCGCAUGUAAUCAUUGUGGAAAUCAUUUCAGACUGAAGUGUAUCCUUAAUAAACACAUGAGAAUUCACACCGGAGAAAAAACAUUCACAUGUCAUGAAGGUGGAAUGAGUUUCAGAAUGAAAGUUCAUCUUGAUGCACACAUGACAGUUCACAAUGAAGAGAAACCAUUAACAUGCCAACACUGUGGAAAGAGUUUUGGAACAAAAGGUAACCUUAAAGUACAUGUGAGGAUUCACACCGGAGAGAAACCGUUCACAUGUAAACAGUGUGGAAAGAGUUUUACCACGGGCGGUAACCUUAAUGAACACAUGAAAACUCACACGGGAGAGAAACCGUUCACAUGUAAACUGUGUGGAAAGAGUUUUGGAACAAAAGGUAACCUCAAAGUACAUGUGAGGAUUCACACCGGAGAGAAACCGUUCACAUGUAAACAGUGUGAAAAAAGUUUUACCACGGUUGGUAACCUUAAUGAACACAUGAAAACUCACACGGGAGAGAAACCGUUCACAUGUAAACUGUGUGGAAAGAGUUUUGGAACAAAAGGUAACCUCAAAGUACAUGUGAGGAUUCACACCGGAGAGAAACCGUUCACAUGUAAACAGUGUGAAAAAAGUUUUACCACGGUUGGUAACCUUAAUGAACACAUGAAAACUCACACGGGAGAGAAACCGUUCACAUGCAAACUGUGUGGAAAGAGUUUCACAAGUAAGCAUAACCUUAAGAUGCACACAAGAGUUCACACUGGAGAGAAACCAUUCACAUGUCAUCUGUGUAAAAAGAAUUUCAAACGUAAAGGUCACCUUACAGUACACAUGCGAAUUCACACAGGAGAGAAACCAUUUGCAUGUAAUCAUUGUGGAAAUCGUUUCAGACUGAAGUGUAUCCUUAAUAAACACAUGAGAAAUCACACCGGAGAAAAACCAUUCACAUGUCAUGAAGGUGGAAUGAGUUUCAGAAUGAAAGGUCAUCUUGAUGCACACAUGACAGUUCACAGUGAAGAGAAACCAUUAACAUGCCAACACUGUAGAAAGAGUUUUAAAAGAAAAUCUUCUCUUAAUGCACACAUGAGGAUUCACACUGGAGAGAAACCUUUCAUUUGUUAACAGUAUGGACAUAAUUUUACACGGGACAAAGCUCUCAGAAAUCACCAGCGCAGAUUUCAUUCUAGAGAAAAGCAUUUCACCGAUCAGUGCAGUAAAGAGUUUACUUUGGCAUAAAGAUUCACACAACACUUCAAAUGUGAGUUUUUUACAGCACACACGUUUAAAAGCUCACAAGAAGAUAAACGUCGACAUGAGAGCACACUUGAGAAAAACUUAAUGAUAGAGAAAAGAAAGGUGACACAAUGAGCAAACAUCUGUUACACAGUCAGCUGUGUUGAUCUUCAGAGAAGUUUCUACAUUCAUCUACAAAGAUUUUUUUUUUCUUUGACUUUUAAAGCUCAUACUAGAUCAUUAUGAUUGUUUUUAAUCAGUAUUGUACCUUAUAUUCUAUACAAGUGAUCAAACUUUUCUCAUCAAAGCCAUACAGUGUUAUUUGGUUACACACUUUUUAUUGGUCUACAUUUUUGUAAAUUUGAUUUUUAUUUGUAGUAAACACAUUUUUUUAUGGCCAGUGGCUGAAAUGUCCAAUACAACAAUAAAAACAUAGAAAUCAGAAUCACAGUAAAACAUGUACUGUAUUUUUUUAUAAGAACGAUUUCUAGUUCUGACAAGUAAACAAAUAGAAUUUGAGAACAUUACAUAUACGGGUGAUUCUUGUGAAAUUAGACUUAUGAUAAAAAAAAGUAAAUGCAAAGUAAGAGUAUCAAAAUAAGAAGCAUACAGUUACAAACAUCUCUUCAUGUACAAUUUGCACAUGAUUUCAAAUGAUAUCGUACAAACCAAUUUUGUAGUUUUGCCACAUUUAAGGGGAACAUUUUCAUUACUGCAAAGAGUCCAUGACUGGAUUUGGGUUCUUUGACAUGGAAAUAUUUAUAAAUAAAAAAAAAAUAAAUAAAAAAAUAAAAAGCUUCAGUGCAUGUUAUACUAUAAACAUUUACAGUAAAGAAACAUGUGGUAUUUGGUGAUCAUUGGUAAAUGUAAAGACAAACAUAGUGAAUAUAAAUGUGUCCAAGACACAUUUUCUCAUCCACCGCAACAAUUAUCAAUCAUUCUUUAAGCCCU